GAAAAAUCUUCCUUGACGUCAUUGGCUUAUCGACGUUGCUUAGCAACCAGCUCUCAUAACAUCCUGCUGUUCCAAAAGCGCCAAGCAAAGCCAGAGAAAAGAAUUAAAUAAAUUUUUCAUCCGAAAAAUGUAUUACGCAUGAAACUGAGUUUUAAUUCAACUGUCCAUUUGGAAUUCUACUUCUUAUUCGGUUUUUUCGUGCAUUAAUUCUGAUAAAAACAUUUGCAGUUUCUUAAAUUAAAGUAAAAAUGUCUGUAAAAAGUUGUUUGUUGUUUUGUUAUACGGGAGGACCCAGUUGAAGUUGGCGACUCAAAUGCAUAUACCAUGCCAGCGGAAAAAGAAAGCAAGUUCUUCUCUGUUUAUUUGUUUUGGAUUCGGGAAACGUCAAUUUUUCUAUCAGCACGUGCCUGUUUAGAAUGUAUUAGCUAAUCAUUAAUUUAUCGUGCUUUUGUGUUUUAAGAGUAAAUAAUGAUUGUUUGUUUACCGCAUUUGUCAAGAAAAGUCGGUUCAACUUUUAUUCACUAAUUGAGGUGUUCAUACUUAUUGAAAAAAAUGAUUGCAUUUGAAAAAAACUAUGUAUCAUGGCCAAAUGAUUCCAGCCAUUUAAAUAAUAAUGUGAUGUUGCUAGAAGAGGAACGGCCUAUAAUUCCUGGCGUUUCUGUAAAGGCUGCUUCGUUUGAUGCAUUAGUUUGUUUACUGAUUGAUUCUUUUUUACCGUCAGGAGGGUUAAAGGAAGAGAACAGCAAUUUUCCCAGAGUCAUACUGCUUAUGCACCAGUGGUUUACUUCCUCUGAAAAUUUAGCUCAUUGUCUCAUUACCAGGUUUUGGGAUUAUGAAACUGUACCUGACUGUCACUCAGCAUGUAUUCACAAUUAUCAAAAAGUCACAGAGUGUACUAUAUACCAAUAUCGAGCUCGCAUUUGUCAAACAUUCAGGUAUUGGAUACGCAUGUUUCCCAUUCAUUUUGAUCUUAAUUCCUCAUUGACAUCCAUUGUACAAGAAUUUCAAAGUCAUCUCUACAAUCAAAGUUUUUGUGUACUAGCUGAUCAUCUGGAUCUUUCUAAAUUGCCAUCAUAUGAUUGGGCGAGGAGCAUGUCAGUUCGCAACCCUCCUGCGAAGCAUACAAGAAAAAUUUCAUUAGUCUUUGAUCAUUUGGAACCCAGUGAACUUGCUGAGCAUAUUACUUUUCUGGAACAUAAAGUUAUGCGUAGAAUUACAUUUUCAGAUUUCAAAGCUUAUGCUGAAUGUGGAACCCCCCAGGAUAAUCCUAAACUUGAACGAUCUAUAUCUCUAUUUAAUGGUCUUUCACAGUGGAUUCAGUGGAUGGUCUUAAGCAAGUCAUUCCCACAGCAAAGAGCUGAUGUUAUUGUUAAGUUUGUGCAAGUUGCUCAGAAACUGUUACAACAAAAUAACUUUAACUCUCUAAUGUCAGUUGUUGGGGGCUUGAGUCACAGUGCUUUAGCUAGAUUAACAAAUACGAUGGCAUGCGUACCAGCUGAAACAAAGAAAACCCUCUCAGAACUUGGUGAGCUGUUAGCUUCUGCAUCUAACUUCAGCAGCUAUAGGAAAGCUUUGAUGGAAGCAAAGGGAUUCAAAAUACCUAUCCUUGGUGUUCAUAUGAAAGAUUUAAUAUCCUUGCAUGUUGCACUCCCUGAUACCAUUGAAAAUGGCCUCAUUAAUUUUCGUAAAAUUGCACAGUUAUCAUUAAUAUUCCAAGAGCUCUGGGAACUCCAGAACUCAGUACCCAAUCUUGCUGUGAAUUCUGACUUGGUCAACACUUUACGGUUGUCGCUUGACACCCCUUACACCGAAGAUGAACUUUAUGAGUUAUCUUUGACUAAAGAGCCCAGAAAUUGUUCAUCUCCUCAAUCUUCUCCAACAAAGCUAACAGCUUUUUCUGACUGGGCCUCUGGUAUAGGUGGUCCAGCUGAUUCAGAAACUGUAGAAAAAUUUUACCUUUCAAUUGUAGAUGUGAUAAUGAAAACUUAUGAUUUAGAUGGAGAUGGUUUUCUUUCUCCAGAAGAAUAUGAAGCUGUAUAUAUAAACUUUCCUUACAUAGAUCCUUUCUCAAUAAUUGAUUCUGAAAAAGAUGGUAUGAUUAGCAGAACUGAACUGAAGGAUUAUUUUACCUCAUCAAAUUCAAAAGCCAUUAGAGUUGCUUUUCAACAUGAUUUUAAUGAAACAACUUAUUUUAAACCAACAUUUUGUGCUCAUUGUGCUGGAUUGCUGUGGGGUCUGAUAAAACAAGGCUAUAAGUGUCGUGAUUGUGGAAUUAAUGCACAUAAGCAUUGUAGAGAAUUAGUGGUCAUGGUGUGCAGAAGAACUUCUGCUACAACUUCUCGAUCUAACUCUUUUGCUACUGCUGAUGGACCAAAAAUGAAGCCCAGAAUGCAACGGCCUUGGCGACGUCAAUUAAAAAGCAGUCAAUCUGAUAGUGAUUCAAGUUUCAGUCCUAGGACAAGUGCUGAAGGUGAUUCCUGUUCUUGUGAUAAUGGAUUUGUGCUAGUUGAUGAAGCUUUUGCCACCAGUGCAAAAAAUUCCUUUGACGCAAAAGAUGCUCCCAAGAGUCCUACUUUAAAAACUCCCUCAUCUCCUAAAGUAACAUCGUUACACAGUUGUGGCUGCAAACAAGAGUUCAUGCUACCCCAGACUCCCCCUCCUCUACCAGACAAAUCUGCACAAAAACGAUCAUUGCCCUCCAAACAACACACUCUCUAAAAGUUCAAUAUUUAAUGCAAGUGACAUAUUCUAGUCUUUCUUUUUGGUGAGACUCUUUUUGAACCUUUUGGAAGGGAGUUCUUACAAAUCGAAUCUCAUUCCAGAUCUUCCAUAUUCAAAGAUGUAAGAUAGUAAUUUUUAAAGAACUUUUUAUAAGGUUUCGUCCCUUCUCAAGAUGAUUGUCUUCGAUGGAAUUUUAACCGAUUUUAUGUAUACUAGUCAUUGUGUCUGUGUCUCUAUUGUGUUUUAUGUUACAGGGCUUGAUUUCUGAAAUAGUGUGUAUAUGCACAGAAACGCAAAAGCUCAUUUAAAUUAAGAUUUUAUACAUGUUAAUUUGGUGAUCACAAAAGCACCCACUUUAUUUGAUUUUCUGAUAGCUUUUUGCAUUUGAAUAAGCUCUAAAAUAAACAAGGGGUAUAUUGAUGUAGGACUUGAGUUUAUAUAAUGAGUGAAAUUUUCAAAUUGUUUAGGAGAGCACUUUUCGUGUAAAACACCAUGAUUUUCAUUACGCAAUAAGAUAUGUUUGUGUUAUUUGUACUGUUAUAGUUAGAGAGUUCAGAAACUUAAAAUGUU